AUGAAAUCUACUCUAAUGGGUCGUCUUCAACUCCAUUUUCCUCAAUUGGGUCUUCGCCAAAACCUCACAAACCGAAGCCUCCAUUGUUGUACGGCAGCUCCACCUCCAAAUAUCAUUUGUGGCCUCAGAAAGGGUUUGAAGAAGCCCUUAGGGAGGUCAAGGGUGCCCUCCAAUGAGGCAAUUCAAGCAGUUCAAUCUCUCAAGCUUGCUAAAUGUACCUCCAAAAUGGAAGACGUUAUCAAUACCAAGCUCAGCAGAUUGCUUAAAGCAGACUUGUUUGAUGCUCUGACUGAAUUACAGAGGCAAAAUGAAUUGGAAUUAUCGCUUCAGGUCUUUAAAUUUAUGCAAAAUGAAGAAUGGUACGAGCCAGAUUUAAGGUUAUACCAUGGAAUGAUUAUGAUGAUGGGAAAGAACAAAAUGAUUGAAAUGGCUGAAGAGGUCUUUCAUAAGUUAAGAAAGGAUGGGUUAGAACCAGACACAAGAGCUUUCAAUGAAAUGAUGGGAGCAUAUCUGCAAGUGGACAUGAUCGAAAGAGCGGCUGAUACAUACAGAUUGAUGAUAGCUUCAGGUUGUACUCCAGAUAAACUGACUUUCAAGAUCUUGAUAAAGAAUCUUGAGAAAUUUAAGGAAGAAUUUGCUAUAGUGGUGAAGAAAGACUGUCAUGAGUACUUGGAUAAUCCUCAGAAGUUUUUCAACGACGAAGGGCAGAAACUGACGACGAAAGGUUGAAUUCUUUAAACAUGCAGUUGGGUUACUUCUGGGAUUGUAUUUGAUUUUUUAUCUGAUCAAUGUCUUUGGGAUUCUCAUAAUCCUUGAAUACUUUGUAACAGCUAGUAAUGAAUGAAGGUAAACUCUAGACUAUUAACUAUGAUGCGAGUGGCUGAGUUUUCGGUGAGCUCUUUUUUGCCAUGGAACUUAAUUGGAUGAAAAUUUUCAUUGUUACAAA